AUGACCCCAGGGAUUCACACUACCUGGGUCACCACGAUCCCAGGGUUUCACACUGCCCAGGUCACCACGACCCCAGGGUUUCACACUACCCGUGUCAUCACGACCCUAGGAUAUCACACUGCCUGGGUCAAUAAGACGUUACUGUUUCACACUGCCCAGGUCAACACGACCCCAGAGUUUCACACUGCCCAGGUCACCUUGACGUUACUGUUUCACACUACCCGUGUCACCACGAUCCCAGGGUUUCACACUGCCCAGGUCACCACGACCCCAGGGUUUCACACUGCCCAGGCCACCACGACCCCAGGGUUUCACACUACCCGUGUCACCAUGACGUUACAGUUUCACACUACCCGUGUCAUGACGACCCCAGGGUUUCACACUGCCCAGGUCACCACGACCCCAGGGUUUCACACUGCUCAGGCCACCCCGACACCAGGGUUUCACACUACCCGUGUCACCAUGACCCCAGGGUUUCACACUGCCCAGGUCACCACGACCCCAGGGUUUCACACUGCCCAGGCCACCACGACCCCAGGGUUUCACACUACCCGUGUCACCAUGACCCCAGGGUUUCACACUGCCCAGGUCACCACGACCAUAGGGUUUCACACUGCCCAGGCCACCACGACCCCAGGGUUUCACACUACCCGUGUCACCAUGACGUUACAGUUUCACACUGCCCAGGCCACCACGAUCCCAGGGUUUCACACUGCCCAUGUCACCACGAGCCUAGGGUUUCACACUGCCCAGGUCACCACGACCCUAGGGUUUCACACUGCCCAGGCCACCACGACCCCAGGGUUUCACACUGCCCAUGUCACCACGAGCCUAGGGUUUCACACUACCCUUGUCACCAUGACGUUACUGCUUCACAAUACCCAGGUCACCACGACCCCAGGGUUUCACACUGCCCAGGUCAUCACGACCCCAGGGUUUUACACUACCCGUGUCACCGUGACGUAA